AUGGCAGCCUCGUCAAUGUCGUCACUGGCAUCAACACACUACAAUACGGCGGCACCGUCAAAUUUUGUGGUGCCGCCGUUUGACGCCAGAAACUUGGAAAUCAAAACCAAAUCGAUCGAACACACAUUAGUGCCACUUGUUUCACAGAUAACAACUCUUGUGAAUUACAAGGAAUCUUACUUAGCAACCGGGAAGCCUAAAUCGGAGAGAGCGAUGCGAGCAGCACUGAAAGUAGGAAGCGCUGUAGAAGCUGCAAUCGAGCGGUUCGUGUGUGUCGGAGAGACAAUCGCUGAUGAAAAUCCAGAUAUUCAGCCAGAAAUGUAUGAUGCCUGUACAGAAGCAAGGCUGGCAGGGGCAUCUAUGGCGAAUCUUUCCUGUGGUUGCUCGGAUGAUCCCAACUCAAUGGUUGAUAAGGCUGUUCUAGUCCGCGCAAGUCGGCAACUUUUAAGCAGUGUUACUAGAGUUUUACUUCUGGCUGAUCGUGUACUGGUUAAGCAAGUAUUGCGUGCUGAGGAUAAGAUAGCAUUUUCAUUAUCCCGGCUAGAAUCGACACCUUCUUUUAACGAUUUUGUAAAAGUUUUUGCGGUUUUUGGCGGCGAAAUGGUUGAAUUAGCACACAGAAGUGGCGAUAGGCAGCACGAUUUGAAAAGCGAAAAGAGGAAAGCGCAAAUGUCGGUGGCUCGAACUGCACUUGAGCGGCUCACAAUGCUACUUUUGACGUCGUCGAAAACGUAUUUGAGACAUCCCGACUGUGAAUCGGCUCUUCAAUGUCGUGAUGGCGUUUUCUAUCAAAUGAAAGUUUCACUAGAAUUAAUAGCAAUUUGCGUUUGCGACGGAAUUUUGACGACGGAUAAAAAUAGAUACAUUCAAGACGAACCUGAUAUGCCCAUUGAUAUUGCAUUGCAGCUCACAGCAAACGCUGCGAUCAAGCAAUUAUCUGAAAUGCUUGAGAUGAUUCGAAUGACUGCCCGUGUCGGUGCUGGAGUUCGAGAACGAAUUGUUGCUGCCCUUGAUGCUCUAUGCCAACUUACUCAAGAUUUUACUGAUUCCGCUUACACGCCACAUCAUCAGAGAGAACAAGUUCUCGAUUUUUUAGAAGAGUGUCGGUUUGAAAUGACCAAUUUAAUACAACCUGACGAAAAUGAACAGCUAGCAGCCAGCGGACUUGAAGUCACUGUUGAACGAUUGAAUCGACGUUUAAAAGAUCUCAGCAAACAAUUACAAAUAAUCGCAAUGGAACAGAUUUCUGAAGUCUUGAGAGCUAAUGAGGACCAGGUGUUAUUAUCUUCGAUGAAAGCAUGCGCGGUUUCCGGUGAUAUUGAUGGCGUUGAGAAAUAUAUGCACAAAUUUAGAGAACAUGCUGACCAUAUGCAAGAGGUAUGCCGCCUUCUGCACCAUAUUUCUCUGACGGACUCGCUCCAUGUACAUACGGGCCAUGUUGAAAGAAACAUGCGCGCCUUAGCUCCUUUGACGAUUCUUGCUGGACGAACAUUAUGCAUCCAUCCAUCAUCAAGAAUUGCAAGAGAGAAUCUCGAAGUUUUUUGUGACACUUGGGGACAGACGAUUAACGAUUUGUCACGUGUUGCCAAAGAAACUGAUGUGGCUGCAAAUGGGCGCGUGGUAGCUGAAAAGCAGGCCUACAUGUCUCUACCGAGACCUGGGGUAUGUCAAAUUGUGCCAAUUGCUGUGAUUCCUUCUACUCGUCGUGCGUGUGUUCCAAAGCAUGAAGACUCAGAUUCCUCAGCAGAGCUUUUGCCGAAUGGUGGUAGACGCCCAAAAAACACUGGAAUCAUGCCUGCUCAUGUAGUGAGCCAAACAGGAGACGAAGCGAGCUCGGAUGAGGCGGCAGAUUGCGAAGAAGUGGAAAACUUCAAAUAUCGAAUUAGCCUUAUAAUUGAUGAUCUGCAAAGCGACAAACACGGAACUACUCACAAGCCAUCUAAACCGAUUACUUUGGAUGUUGAAGACCAGCAAAAAAUGGCAAAGGUAGGACUUGAGAUGAAACUUCUCACGUCGGAGGUUGAUGCUGAGGCAGAGAAAUGGGACGAAUAUGCGGAGAAUGACAUUGUUAAAAGAGCAAAGGCAAUGUCAUCAAUGGCUUAUAACAUGUAUCUGUUUACAAGAGGUGAUGGUCCCUUGAAGACAACGCACGACCUUUUUACGCAAGCCGAAUUUUUUGCCGAACAAGCCAAUCAGAUGUACAGGACUGUUAGAGAGUUUUCCUACGAAGUUCCCGGAUCUGCCGAAAAGUCUGACCUGUCAGCUAUUCUCGAACGAAUUCCGUUGCACUGUCAACAGCUGCAAGUUAUGGUUAAAAGCCCAACCGUUGGAAAAACGGCAACAUUCGGAAAGGUUGAUUCUGUGAUACAGGAGACUAAAAACUUGAUGAAUGAAAUUGCAAAACUGGUUACAGCGUCAUUUGUCUGCGCAACGAAGAUGUUCCAAAUGGAUAAGCCGCAAAAUAUGAAAUCGAGUUUCGCGGAGGCACGAUUAAUGGGCGGUCGGGCGCCGAUGGCGAAAGGACAAGUCGCGAAUCGACUGUUUGGCGCCGGACUCCAAGCAUCAGACGAGCCGCGCCGCCAUCCACUUCGGUCCUUUCAGCGAACAACUCCUCAAGCAUUCACCUUUAGCAAUAGCGUAGGAAAUUAG